UUCGGCACUCGGGGAGAGAAAAUCUUAUUUUAUACAGAAACAUAGAUGACCUCGGUGGGAGUCAUACAACGACAGGAAGGACAUGAAGGGUAAGUAUCGGGAAGUAAAGUCCCUGCGCACUGUGCUAAUUUCGAGCGCAGUGGUUCUCUCCCCGGGGCUGAAUCGUGCUCGCGUGUCACAGUUAAAUCGAAAAGUCAAACGGCAUAUACUAUUUGAAUACGCAAAUCAGUCGCUUUUGACUCGAUGUGCAUCGGAUACAGGUACAAUGCACACGCACUAUAUCCACAUUAUUCAUAUGAGCCUUGAUAUGUCAUCGGAAAUCUUCUAGAUAGUGAAGGAACAGUUGGGAUAACCUGCUCACAAGACUCACGUUGCCUUCCGGUCGGCGUUUUGUAGCGAAUCUGGAAACAGGUCGCACUGCAUAGAUGUAACGCAUUGUACUCACAUCCAUCCACCAAAAUAAGAAAAGGCCUGUAGCAAAUCCUGCAGACCAGACACCAGCUCCUCCUCCUCCUCCUCCCCGCCCUCCUCUCGUAGUUGUGUAAUCUCCCUUGUGCUUUUGCGGUAUCGAAAGAACCAGGAAAACUUAUGCUGUCAAUUAGCAGACUAGGGCAAUGGACAACUAUAUCAUCUAGAUCGAGGGUGGGUUCUGCUCGUAGCAAGGAAUGAUUAUCCCCAUUGUCGCAUGAUGAUAAGCUUCUAGGAAGAAUUCCAUGGCAUCAAUGUCGUGCGGACUUGAUAUUGUAAAGCCUCCUCAUCUAACAAGCUCAUUGAAACUUAAAUAUAUCAAAAUCUACUCCAAAACCUAUUUUGUGUUGUCACUCCAAAAACUUGUCUGAAGUGGCCUCAAAAUACUCAAAGUGUCCAAGAAUAAUGUGCGCAAUUAAUGCUCCUGUCGCAUACAUGGAUUGCAUGCAUAUUCUUUGACAUUCUUCUCACUUCGAAAAUUGACCAAGACCUAAAAAAGUCCAAAAACCGAAAGACCAUGACUGGGAGAAUUCAAACUCCGAGCAAUUUCACACUAAACGCGGCGCUUAAGCAUCUGCAUGAACACAAAACGCCAGCAUCGGGCCCCGAAUUACCACCACGAGAUUCACCGCCCUGACCUAAGGGCUCCUGAUGCUGCGCCAUAGCUGCAUAUUCUCCACUGACCCUAAACCCUAGGCCAAUGUCACUCAUUGGGUCUUGCAAACGUCAUGCUUAUUAUCCAAGAAUAUCACAAGCGCAAGCUAAAAUAACCCAAAAAGGAUGGAAGAGCCCAUCGAGUCGUACAAGAAUAUCAGAGGCGGACGGAGAUGCAAGCCUGUCGAAGCCCUGCCUCGAACGAUGAUCGGUUACACAGUAAUCAUCACCUGGACCGUGACGUACUCACGUGGACAAAAGCAGAAGCACGGGCGUCAAAUGCAAGAAGCUCGUACAGCGAAACCAGAGCCGUGGACUCGGAUCGGCUGCGAUAAUGCGAUUGUGGGGCAUCCAUGAAGAGAGAGAGAGGGAGAGAGAGAUGUGGGCCGCAUUAGCCGAGAGGGCCGUCCCUCAGGCAACAUGUCAUCGUCGUCUGCAGCGGGCGGAAUGCAUUCGUGUGCUGAUUCCAUCGCUCUCGGUGCACACUGUCACUCAUGAUCUGAACUCGGUGCCCGUCUCGCGCCGUGCACAAGAAUUCGCAACUGUAUCUCCCGCAGGUCGUUACUUCUUGUGCUCGCCCAUCGUGGUCCCCUGGGCCUCAUUUUUGCUUCAAACAAACACGUUUCGGCUGCUAAUAAUAACCGAUCAGGGACACAUUUAUUAUAAACGCCAUGGCAACUCCAAAGACUUAUGUUCAAUAGAGGCGAACCAGAACGUCCCUCAAAGGGUUGCGGGAAACGAUGAUAUUUUAUCUCCAGAGCUAACAUAUCUUGAAUAG